AUCACGAAGCAGAGGAAGUGGAGCAGCGCUAGCUCUGAUCGUAUGACCGAUCAUCAUGUCUUAUUCUUAGAAGCAAAACAAAGCCCAGAAUAAACAUCCUACCCCAGCACGGAUUCUUGAAGAUGGCAGGCGAGGAGGAGAGAGGGGUGGUCCGUGUCAGAGUCAAGAAAUGUGAUGGGGUGCUCCCAAUGGAGUUUCGGUCCUUUGCUGUUGAUCCUCAGAUAACAUCACUGGAGGUUCUCCAGCACAUUCUCAUCAGAGCCUUUGAUUUGAAUGGGAAGCGGAGCUUUGGGAUCAGUUACCUGUCUCGGGAUAAGAGUGGUACUGAAAUGUAUCAGUCUCUGGUGUCAGACUGGGAUUUGGAUGUUGCAUUUGUCAGUGCAGCCAAAACCUACUUACAGCUCAAGAUGGACAUAAAACCAUCAGAAGACAGUCCUGUUAUGGAGGACUGGGACAUCAUAAGCCCCAAAGAUGUGAUUGGCUCUGAGCAGCUUCUUGCAGAGAGGACGAGGUCUCUGGCCGCCGCUGCUCUUCCUUUCACCCAGUCUCUACUGUCCCAGAUGGGCCGAACCUUGUCCAAGGUCCAGCAAGCUUUGAGCUGGUCUUAUGGGGAGGAGAUCAAGCCAUUCAAGCCUCCUCUCAGUGAUGCAGAGUUUCACAGUUACCUCAAUGGUCAGGGCCAAUUGACACGACCCGAGGAACUCAGACUGCGAAUCUAUCAUGGUGGUGUGGAGCCUUCUCUGCGUAAGGUUGUGUGGCGGUACCUCCUGAAUUUGUAUCCUGAUGGACUGAGUGGACAGGAAAGAAUGGACUACAUGAAGAGAAAGACAAGGGAGUAUGACCAGCUGAAGAGAGAGUGGACUGCCCGGGUCAGUCAUGAGGACCUUGAAUUUAUUCGCGGAAAUGUUCUCAAAGACGUACUGAGAACCGACCGGGCUCAUCCGUACUACGCUGGCUCAGAAGACAGUCCACAUCUGACUGCACUUACAGACCUGCUCACCACUUUUGCCAUCACCCACCCACAGAUAUCAUACUGUCAAGGCAUGAGUGAUAUCGCCUCCCCUAUACUUGCAGUAAUGGACAAUGAGGCGCAUGCCUUCAUUUGCUUUUGUGGCAUAAUGAAGCGUUUGGAGGGAAACUUCUGUCCAGAUGGGUCACUCAUGUCUAUUAAAUUCCAGCAUCUAAAGCUGCUUCUGCAGUACUCAGACCCAGAAUUUUACUCUUACCUGGUGUCCCGAGGAGCUGAUGACCUCUUCUUCUGCUAUCGCUGGCUGCUCCUGGAGCUCAAGAGAGAAUUUGCGUUUGAUGAUGCUUUACGGAUGCUUGAGGUCACCUGGAGUUCCCUGCCUCCGGAUCCGCCUGAGACCGAAGUGGAGCUUCUUGGACCGCCGCUAGACGCUGAUGAAACUGUGACCUACAAAGACAAGACAGUUGAGACCUUCCUCAGAGAUGAUAAGGAACAAAAAGAGAAGCAGCGGAGGAGACAUAUGCUGAGGCCUUCAAGAGAAGAAGAAGAUGUGACCAGGAAUGCCGUCAUAAAACAAAAAGACAGGCAAAAUGUAGGUGCUGGAACAGGAAGUGAGGGCAGUGAUUGUGAUAUUAAUCAAGUGAGUCUGGUAAAGUCAGAUUUUCAGGCUCCUUUUGAAAAGCUAACAAGUUUUGGAGAAUUUAAAUACUACACUGCCAGAAAUGAAGAUAGCUUUGAUAUGGAAGAUGAUGACCAACCACAGGGUUUGACUUUUUCAAAGUCGGUACAAAACAUCCCAAGUCACCAGUCUACAGAUGAUAGUGAAGGGGAUCCAGAAGAGAGAACACCUCUCAUAAAAGACUGUGAAAUUGGUUUUUCUCCAAUAUUAUCACCUCACCUCUUUCAUAGUGGCCUACCUAUUUGGAAAAGUGGCUCUUCCGUGUCUCUGACAUCUUCAGCUUCACAGUCCAGCUGGCCAGGAGCGUCUCCAGACUCUCCUCCAAAGUCCACAUCCCCAUCCACAAACAGUUGGAGAGAGGCCUUACCAAGCACUGUUCCAAAAAUAUUGACCUCCGCCGCCCAAGUGCUUAGCGAUACAGGGAUCAACUCUCCCACAACCCCCACUGUAAAAACAUCAAUUGCAUCUCCCUCCCACCCUCAGAAUCGAUCCCUUCUCUCUUCACCUAUUUUGUCCUUUGGCAGAGGCCCCUUGUUGUCUGGCAGCAAGUCAUCCACCAACAAUCUUCCUUCGCCAGGCAACAAAUCUCUCAGUACCGCAACUAACACACCGAGUUCUCUGAAAGCUGAGACCACCAGCAUCAAAUCGUGUUCGCUGCCGCCUCCGCAAGAGUUCGGCAAAGGCAAUCCCUUCAUGCUGUUUCUGUGCCUGUCCAUCCUGUUGGAGCAUCGAGACCACAUAAUCAAGAACAGCUUGGAUUACAAUGAGCUAGCCAUGCACUUUGAUCGGCUAGUGCGGCGCCACAACCUUAGCAGGGUGCUGCAGCGAGCCAAGGCCUUAUUUGCAGACUACUUGCAGAGUGAAGUGUGGGACUCAGAGGAAGGGGAUGAGGUCAGCUCUGACUCCCCAACAACAAUUACCGCUGUGCAAAACUCCCCUUCUUCAGCCAUCUCUGACAGGCCCAUUUACAGCCCUUUAGCAUCGCCUCAGUCAUCAUUUCAAAACUCAACCUAUAACCUCACUACCACCAUUCCCUCCCCAACAGCUCAAGUUUCAUUUCCCCCCGCUUCCUGAUUCUAUCACGCUAGAUUCCCGACCUCAGCGAAAGACUGAUUGUGGCCUGUUGGAGGUGUCUACCUUUUUAGCCAGCCUUCCUAAUUGAAUAGGGCUGUUAAUAAUCUUCUCAUUCUGUGUAUGCUUGAACAUGUAUUUAUAUUCCUUUUGUCAGUAGUCAUUGUUAUCUUUUGUUUUGCUCCUAAAACCUUACAGUUAAUAGAAUGGAGGUCUGUCCUUGAGAGCUCAUUUCUCAUUUCAACAUGUCCUCUGUUGUUGCUGAUACAUGACGUUUAAUCCCUGUGAUUCAGGUUUCAGAUAGUUGGGCUCUCUGAGUUUUGCCAGAACCAAUAACAGUUUAGAAACCUGGUGCAUUUAACCUGAGUUGGUGCAUUUAACCUUUGUUUACAAACGUAUGUUAUGCCCUAUAAGCCACAAACGUAUGUUAUGUCCUAUAAGCCACAAACGUGUCUUAACUAAAACACUCAUGUUUCAAUGGUUAAAAACAAAAGGGAAUUCCACUCUCUGAUAUACUGAAAGUAUUGGUUUGAAUAGUUCUUAUUCAUAAGGACAUUUACAGAAACAACUCAUCUUAUCAACCAAGCUAUAAGUUGGCAGUGAGUCACAAAAAUAAACUGAUGACAUAAAUAGCCAGCACACAUACUUAACCUCACCUUUCUGACCGAGCCCUGUCAACAUUUGCUUUGCUUCUGUACGUUUGUCUAUGAUGUUAAAACAAAGAUGAUGAAGUCAGAGUGAUGUCAUCAGGAGUCAUCUCAGCUUGGGCUUGGAGCCUUUAUCACAAUUUUGGGUUGCAGCUAGGAUCACUUAAGCAGGCAUGAGUCCAACAAAUAUCCUAUGGAACUGCAUCUUGUUCAAGCUCUUUCUCUUAUUUGUCCCUGAACUUUUUGUACCCGAAAAUACAAACUUGUGAUCUGGAGCAUUAACUCAAAAGCUGUUGUGAACCAGUGUCUGCUGGAUUUCUAAUUUUACUCUUCCCAAAUACUGUUGCAUGCGGAUGUGAUAAGAUAGAGAGAAGAGUCCUUCAUUCCUACACUUAAAGAUCUUUACACCGUUAUUUUGCCUUUGUUUCUCUUUUUCUCAAUUUUGAAGGUGACUCAGCCAAUCAAGGACAUAUCCAGGGCGGUAGUUGGGGUGUCUGUGGUUAUAACAGGACAAUGUGGGUGAUCUUUUAUGUCGUCAUGUUACUCUAUGAGGUGAAGUUGUGUAGCGUUUGUGCAGAGCUGCAGGGAGCAGUUUGGUGUGGAUCUACAUAGAUUGUAUGUGUACUGGACUCAUACAUUCAAACUACAGUUUGAAUGUAUGGUCAAUGCAUGAAUGUAACAGUCAUGAAGAAAGUACUGUACUCAUCAUUUCAGCACUUUGGUUAUUGCUGUUUCCCAAAGACUGUUUUACUUUUUGUGUUUUGUAUGUGUUCAUUGGAUGCAAAUUUGCUGAUAUCACACAUAAGUUGUUAGCUUUAUGUGAUCACUGAAAUUGGAAUUCAGGCUGUAUAUUCAUUAUAUUAACAAUUGAUUCUUCAGUGUCAUAGACAUUCUGAAGUAGAAGAUGAUCUGAUACCACUUGACGUAGCCAAUGACACAAAUAUUAUAUAUAUUUACAACCUUUGGAAGAGAAGUGCCUCACUUGUUUGAAUCAAUAGCCUUGAUUUUAAAUUUUAUUUUGUACUCUUUACAUUUGUCUACGUAAGUUCAUCACACAUGCUGAUCAAAAAAAACUAUGAAACAAUGUGACUGGAUUGUAUCAGUUAGAGCUCUUAUGCAUGGUGUUCACUACAUAGUUCAUUUAGGAGAGAGGGUCUAAACAGCAUCUAACUCAAUUUUAUAGAAUCUGCAUACUUCUAAGAUUCUGAUCUCAAUAUGUCAUGUCUGUCACUAGUCUAAAAACAUUGUACACAUUUUGAAUUGAGUUAAACUAUGAGUCCAAAUUAUCAUUAAUAAGUUUGAGAGUAUGUCACUGAAUAUGAAAGUAUGAAACAAAGGUUGACUUUUCAGUCUUUUCAUCUUGUUUUGCAUGGAAGGACAAAUAUUACCAAUAAUGUAUUUACAAUUAUUUAUUGCAGAAAAAGCAAACAUGGAAACUGACGUAACAGUUGUUGAGAGGAAAGAUGUCCUCUAACUUUGUUCUGUAGUUGACAUCAUCCAUGAAAGGGUUGAUCCUGUGUCUAAAAAUUUGGUCAAAUGUGAUUUAACUUUUCAUGUCAUCUUCUUAUAUGCAUAAUUGAAAGACCCUGAUAGCUAAUUUAAACGUUAAAUUGAGAUAUUCUGAUUGCAACACAACAAAGUCAGCAGUCAGGACUGCUAUGCUCAUGUAAUCUUAGCUUGGGUUUGUUUGAAAAUGAUUAUAAAAUGUUGACAUGGCUCAGCCUUGUUCAAUGCACAUAUUGAUCUCGGUUAAAAUAAUGUGCUGAAUAACUUAAAGAAUCAGUCAAACACAGAGUUUUUAGUUAAUACAUGCCCAGAGGUGCACCUGCUGAUUUUGUUGUCAUGCCACAAACAGAUUUUCUCCCAGCUUGUUGUUGAUGUUUGGGAUUUCAACAUAACUCUGUCAUAUGGGGAAAUCUGGGCAGGGAGUGUUAAGAUUUUUUUGAAGAUUCUUUUUUUUCCCUCAGCACUGUUUACUUUUAAGACUGAAGGCUUGUCUUGACUCCUCUGUUUUUCUGCUGUUUGUAUGCUUAGUAGUCUGUAAUGCAGAGGGCUGAAGUGAAAUACUUUCGCUAGAAGUGUGCCCUCAGGGGAAUACGCUAGAAAGCUUUUCUGGUAUCAACAUCAGUUUUUGACUACGGUUAGGUGAAGUUUAGGUUAUUAGAUGACUUAUGUAUAGGAACAGAACAGGGUUUGUGUUAAAUCAGAUCCUUUCAUUACAUGAACCUCGUGCAAAGGUUUUCUGACAGAAAGGCAAACUUCUAACAUGUGCAAGUGAUCUCUUGUCUUUAGAAAGACCUGUGUGAUUAUUGUGGUUAUUACUCGUACUAUCUGGUUCAGCCUCCUUUUUGUACAUCAGUAUUUAAUAGCAUAUUUAAAAAGAACUGAAACAACUGGACUAGGUGGACUAUGAGCUAAUGAUAUGUGCAUUUGCAAAAAUGUAUUUGAUUCUCAUUAAAUUAUAUAUGUGCACAAAGUAAAACUUUUUGAUCAUACAACACUGGAAGAUUUAAAA